AUGGGAACGUCUACUUCAUCAAAAGAAGCUUCUCAUACAAAUGUUGAAGAUACUGAACAAAAAUUACGUUCUAUAACCAAUGAUUUGAGGAAAUUUUAUGAUGUUAAACAAUGUCAAGAAUAUAUUGAACAAACAUCAGAAAAUGAUCGAUUCAUUCUUAUUGUUAGCGGAAGUUUAGGAAGAGAAAUCGUACCCUCUAUUCAUAAAUAUCCGCAAAUUAUAUCAAUUUAUGUCUAUUGUGUGGAUAAAGAAGGUAAUGAACAAUGGUCUUCGAAAUAUUCAAAACCCGGAGGUCCACUUGGUGAUAUAUUAAUCUGCGGAUAUAAAUAUGAAAAUAGUAUAAUCUAUUGCGGUAUGAUAGGAUCAUUUGAAGGAAUAAUAAUAAUUCAUCCAUCCACACGUACUAUGAAUGAUAUGAGUGCAAUUCGUAAUUCACGAGUAAAUAUAUUAAAUGAUCAAAAGAAUCCAAUUGUUAUUACAACUGGUAAUACGAAACAAAAAUGA